AGUUUACGUACUCAGGUUAUUCAACCUUGACCUUUACAUUUUACAAGACUUCCGCUGUCUUACUAGUCUACCAUUCCAGCAAAGAUCCUGGACCAACACUUGAGGAUUUGCCAAGUGUUCGCAUUUAUAGUUUUAUACUUAGUCUCUUACAACAUAAGACGAUUUAUUUCAUAAUCUAGGGGCGCAUUCAUGAAUUAGCAUCAGAAUCAUUAUCAGAAUCAAAUUCGCACAUUACCAGGCAAAAUCGCCUUGGAUUGCGCAAUUCAACACUUGCAUCGGACUGUACCGUGCAAGGUGAGCUAUUGUUUCAAACGGCAUUACACCUAGUCGUGUAGUCAGAUUGUUUUCGAAACCUCACAUCUUCUAACGAUGUUUGAGGCUCACUAUGAAGUGAACCAUCCAUCCAGAACAAUUUGGCUGGGAUUCCCCUGGCCAGGGUUUGGCGCCAAACCGCGAGCCGUUGGUUUGCGUUCAGCUCAGGUCCAUGAAGGGCCAUCAGAUUUCGGCAGGCAGCACCCUCACCCAACCGCAAUGCAACUGCAAACCCUCUACUUCUGCUUUCUUAGCCGUUCGAGGCGAAGCCACCAUUUCACUGACUAAGAUUCAGGCCAGCCGUACUUAGCGACAUUUACAAGCUUAUUCAAGGCUUCGACAAGCUGUACUGAACGAGUAGUCCGCUAUUCUUUGCUUCGCCCUGUCUCCCUCGAGAAUGGCGUGGGUUGACGGGUUUCAAUUCCACUCGGACGAUGAUUACGAGUCGUUAUACCAGAUAUUCAAGCAGUACUGCUGCCUGGGCACGGCGCGCGAGGUGGACGAGAUGGACAACAUCAAGUUCGUGCGCUUCUGCCGCGACCUCGGGAUCAUCGCGACUGGGGGUGGAGCCGGCGGGCUGCACGUCACGGACGUCGACCUGCUCUUCGUCACCAUCAAGCCGCGCGGCCGCAAGAAGCUGACCUUCGAGAACUUCUGCGAUGCCGUUGCUGUCAUGGCCGACAAGCUGGGGGUCGCGGCCACUGAUCUCAUACAGCAGGCGCUGGCCAUGGACCUGCCGCAGCCCGCGCUCACGUCCGCCACGCGCCACUCCAUGACGCUCUCGCACCACGCCUCCUCGUCGCUCCUCGCCUCGCACCAAACCCUCUCCUCCGCGCACUCCCGCCGCCUCUCCCUCUCCCACUCCGCCCCCAUGCACGCCGCCUCCGCGCAUGCUGCAUACACCCCCGCGGCAUCCGCCCAUGGUGCGCCGUCCUCCCCCGCCAUCACCCCCCUCGGUGCCCACGCCUCCUACUCGCUGAGGGAGGGGCGGGGCGGACGGCCCGGUGGUGCGGGUGGGGGUGCUGCUGUUGGGGGGGUUGGGGGUGGGGGGAUGGCAGGGGACAUAGUGCCGCCUGGGGACGAUUUUCCGCCCAGGCUGAGGCUGAUCCGCACGCGGUCAGUGGAGGCGCAGGAGCAGGCGGAAACUGACUCUCAGGCCUGCCGCCCAGAGCCUCUGGGUGAGCUGACGUCAUCACUGUCGGCUCACAACUCGCAUGAAGGCAUGGGGAUGGGCGGGGAGGAGAAGGGCGGGAGCCUAGCAGGUGCAGGGGCGAGGGAUGGGGAGGCCUUGGAGCGCUUCUAUGCGCGGGAGGAAGUGGCGGGCAGAGGGGGGCCCGUGCAGAUGGCUGCAGCCGUUGAUGCGCAUGGGGCCAUGGUGCGGGUGAUGGCGUCAGCCGUGGCAGCAGCAGCUGAGGAGUUGAGGCAAGGCAGCAGGGCGCAGGCGGGAGGGGAGAUGGGGAGGACGGCAGGGAGCGGUGCAGGCAGAGGCACACAGCAAUAUGACAAUGGGGAGAGCAGCAGCGUGAGUGAGCAGGCGUCCAGCUGUGACCCAGCAGCAGCAGCAGCGGAGGAUGCGGUGGCGAGUCUCAUGUUCUUUGACGCCUUCCGCUUCUUCUCUCUGCCGCACUUCGCCCGCCACCACUUCGUUCCCCUGGCACAGUGCGGCAGGCAGCAGCUGCAGGGCCUGCCUCCGCCGCGCAUGGACAGCAUCCGCUACAUCAAGAUGUGCAAGGAGACCGGCAUCCUCGACGCGCGCUUCACCACCACUAGCGCGGACAUCAUAUUCAGCAAGGUGACCCGCGGCAGCGAGCGCAAGCUGUCGGUGUACGCGCUCACCACCGCGCUGCACCUCAUAGCGCAGGAGAAGGGCCAGCCGGUGGAGUCCCUCCAGCGCACCAUCAUCGCCCACUUCCACGCCCACGUGCCCGCCGCCGAGCUCCCUCCGCCCGGCUCCAACCCCGCGUCGUCCUCCCCGGGGGCGUCUUCAGAUGCCAGCAGCCAGCACAACCGCCAGCUCGCGUGGAUGCAGCACAGCGCGCAGCGCCCUCCCAUGCCCUCUGCUGGCUGCUGGGCGUCCCCCUCGCCCGCGCACUCCGCUGGGUGUUCCAGUGCCUCCACCCAGCACGCCGGGGCGAGCCACUAUGCACGCAUGCUGCACCUGCAGCAGCAGGGGUAUGAGGCCGGGGAUGGAGCUGGGUAUGGGCGGCAUGGGUUGGAGGAGCAGGGCAGUGAGGGCAAGGGGCGGUCGUGCCCGCGCUCGCAGUCCCCCCAGGCGCAGCGGCGGCACUCCAUCUGCGCCAUGACCGCCUGCUACGAGCUGCCGCACCACAGACAGCAUGGGGGGGAGCAGACGGAGGAGGGCGUAGCAGGGCAGCAGGGUUUGGAGGGUGCAGCAGGCGAGGUGGGCGGGGGCAGGAAGAACAGGCUGGUGGCUAGAGGCAGUCUGGCGUGCCCCACCUUGUCCUAUCACUGACGUGCCCCACCUUGUCCUACCACUCUGAUGUGCUUACAUGCUGCAGUUUCAUCCUAGAGCAUUAGCCAUGUGUGUGUCCCCUUAUUGUACCACAUUAUAGGGGGUGCACCGCAAUUUUGCAUGGUUCUUCCAUCGUGUGGUCAACAGGCAAUUCGGGGCGUUGCCUGUUCGACCGGUUGCCUAACGCAGCUCUGCAUAAAGCCCUCGCUCUCUGCAGCACCGAAUGUAACAGAUGGAUGUCGACAUCAGUCCAAACUGCCAGAUAUGCACACUUCUUGU